CCUCUGGGUGAGGCAGAGAGCCACCCCCAAACCAGCGCUGUCGAUGGACUGUCUCCCUCGGGAGGCGCCUGCGGCCCCUCCCACGCGUUCACGGUGGGACCGGCCCCGCCCGGCGGCGGCAGCUCCACCUCGCUCCUGAGAGGAGCUCCACCGCCCUGCCCUCAGCCCCCGCCUGCGGCACCGGCCGCCCCGGCCCUGCCUCAAGAUGGCGGCUGGGCGCGGAGCCAGAGCGGGACGCGCUCACGGCGGGAGGAAAUGACAUCAGCGCCGGACCUCGCGAAACACUCGCUUCGCCUCACUGGCGGCUACAGUGACCCUGCUUGCACUUCCGGUGCGCGACAGGGCCGCUCUGUACGACCGUCUCUGCUGCCGCGGCGGACUCGGAGCUGCCUGGGCCGCCGCCAUGACCAGAUGGGCUCGCCGAAACGGCGCUCCCGGGGAAAAGGCGCUGCAUGCGACCCCCUGGGAGGAGAUGGUGAGCGGCCGCGGGGGGCGGGGGGGCCGCUUGGGCCCUCUCUGCCUGAAGAAGGAGCAAGAGAAGAGGAAGAAGAAGAACAAAAAGAAAAAGGACUAUCUGAACGAAGACGUGAAUGGGUUUGCGGCCUAUCUGAAGCAGAGCUCCGGGGGUGGUGAAGUGGCCGAAGCCGGCAGCGCCGAGUUAGAGAGGGAGGUAGCAAUAGCCUUGAAGAAGGACAAGCGGCGGGAGGAUAGGAGGCUGAAGAGGCAAGAAAUGAAGAAAAAUGCAAUGGUGUGUUUCCACUGUAGAGAACCUGGCCAUGGUGUUGCUGAUUGUCCUGCAGUACUUGAAAGUGAAGAUAUGGGUACAGGAAUCUGUUACCGGUGCGGAUCCACAGAACAUGACAUCAGCAAAUGCAAAGCAAAAGUAGAUCCAGCGGUUGGAGCAUUUCCAUACGCGAAAUGUUUCAUCUGUGGUGAGAUGGGGCAUCUGUCAAGGUCAUGUCCAGAUAAUCCCAAAGGAUUGUAUGCCGAAGGUGAUGGCUGCAGACUUUGUGGUUCUGUGGAGCACUUCAGAAAAGACUGUCCGGAAAAACAGAACUCAGUUGCAGGGUGGUGGUACUGGCAGCUUUUAAAAACUCCGUGUGGAGGCACGUGUUCAAGACAGGAGAGAAGGAGGGGACAGGAGAUCUGUACAGCUGGGUUCACAAGCGAAUAAGCUGCUUACAUGUUCUUCAGUUAUCUGUGUGGGUGGAAAAGUAACAUUAUAUACAAAAAAACACUGCUAAGGAAGGCAAAAGCAUCAAACAAGGGUUUGAAGAAUGAUGCUGUUCCUGAAAUGGUGACAAGUUUGUGCAUUUUUCUACUUCGUUUGUAUGGCUUAUAGAACUUUUGGGUUAAUGAUAUACCACUUUUGUGAAAUUGAUGUAAGAAAUAUUUAUGGAGGUAAUAGAAGCCCAUACUUUUGUAGCCUUUUUCUGUAUCUGAUCUUAUAUAUAUGAUAUUGUUGCAUCUGAGACCGUGUGUAACAUUCUAGAUGUAUGCUGCUUUGCUAGUUUAGAGCAAGUGAGAUUGAGUCUUAACUGGUCUGACAGAAGUUUCUGAUACAAAAAGACUCUUUAAAAUUUCCCCAAACUCAUCAGCCAUAGCAGAUUGUUGGGCAGUGCCCACUCAGAUGACUGCUGAGUUGAAAGCCUGUAACAUAGCCCUUGUUGGAUUUCUGCACGCCACGUUUACGGCAAACUGCCUUUGUGUGGUUAACGCUUUCUGUAAGUCAAAAACCCGUACGGAUGCAGUAGGAGAAAAGAAACAUUUGUAGAUAACGGCAUUGCCCAAAGCUGGGCCAGCUGUAACCUGGGAAUGGGAGUCCUCAGUUGUUAGUGCCGUCCAGCUAAAGGAGAGGAGAUCUGGUACGUGAGGAGACAGGAAAGCAACCUGUAAGAGCUGGUGCCUUUGCAUGGCAGGGUGUAGCCAUUAGGCUCACUUGGUCCCACCUCUGCACCGCAAAAGAUGCGACAGGGCUGUGAGCCAGAGGCUGGUGUUCAAAGCCCUUUCUGAAAUACCGGUGUGCAUGUGUACGUGACAAUGGGAACUACCAAAUGCCAGUUUGUAAAGCCACUGUCUUUGUGCAGACAAGGAAAAAAAAAAAAAAGGGCAAGUGUCUCUGUUCCCUUGCAGUAGGGCUCUAAAUUAUAUGUGAAGCAGAGAAGCAGAACUGGAAUUUUUUUCUCCCUUUCUUGGAGAAGUUUUAUGUCCCUAGUGAAGACUGACAGCUGCUGUUCAAUUUCCCAAGGGACAUCUUAGUCCUUAGACUGAUGUUUGAAAACUAGUAUUGCUGGUUAAAAAUAGCUGAAUCAAUUGGAACUGUGACACCAUUGGUAAGAAUUGUAAUAUUCUUUGAUAUCAAUUUGCAUGAUGGAGAGUACUUCUAGGUAGACUACAGGCAGAUAGCUGGCAAAGAAGUUUAGGCACUACAGCUUAUAAUUUCUUUGGGUGGAGUUAUUUGGUCUGCUUUAAUAUGCAGAAAGUAAUCCAAGCAAAAAGAUGGUGUUGAUUAUAUGCAGGGAUGUGAAUUGAGAAAUGUAAAUUUUUCUCUAUUGUGCUUCUUCAAGUUUAGCUUUUGAUUGAAAUAUUCUGAAAUCUUCAUCAUAAGACUUAUUAGGACUUGAGAGAGUUAACGUCUGCCUACUCUUUGAAUGUUUCUUUGCACAGUCAAACAAGAAAAAACAGCUGUGUGGGUGAAGAAAGGGAGCUUAGAAAACAGUUUUUAAAAAGAGUUGCAUAAGGAGAGUUGGCUUCAGAGCUAGAACUAAACAAAUAGUUUUGGUGAAUCAAUGACAGGCCUUUGCUGGCCAAAUCUUUCUCAAAUGUGCAAGUUUGAUGCAAUGGUAAUGCUUAGCCUUUCCAUGAUCUCUUGUCUCUCAC